GAGGCCAUGCAAGAUUCUUCUUUUAGUUCUUUCGUCCCUACCGUUCGCAUGAUGUCGCUCAACUUUGAACAAGCUGAGCAAACUUUACGCUCGGAGCUGGCUGCGAGAGGUUUGAUUGUGGACUUUGAUCAGAGGCCUUCCCAUGUUUUGAUCUCACAGUCUACAUCAAAUGCUUCUGCAUCAAGCAAUCAGUCAGGGACUGAUUCAGCUCUGUGGGCUGGAAAUCAUCGAGGCAGAGGAGGCCGCGGAAGAGGAGGACGAGGCAGAGGUCGCGGGUUUAGGGGAAAUCCGCAGCAGCAGCAGAAUUCAGGGAAUUCUGGUAAAGAAGUAGUAGUUCGGGAUUGUUUUGUGGGCAAGAACAAACAGGAAUGCUGGACCUGUGGGAUGCCAGGGCACUACUCCAAGGAUUGCCCAGUUGCAGCUUGGCUGCAGCGCAUGAACAUAGGGCUUGUAGCAAAUGCUCAGGAAGGGGAAACACAGGAACUUGCGGCAUCAUCUGAGGUUCAGAGAGACACCUGAUGCAAAGCGGGUCGAACUUUGUGCAGUUGCGUGCUGCAAAAGGGAAGUGCAUUCGUGUGGGAGAUGGAAGCAUUUUACCUGUUCGCGCAACUGGGGAUGUGCGAGUUCCACUGGGAAGAAAGUCUCUGCUCUUGAAGAAUGCGUGGUAUGUUCCAAAGAUAGUGAAGAAUCUGGUUUCUGUAGCCAGGCUUACGGAUGAAGGUCUGGAUGUGAAUUUCUCCAAACAUCAAUGUCAAGUUCUUGCAAAUGGCCGUCCA